GUUCAUCUGCAACUGUUAAUUCUGCCUACAGUGCAGAAUAUCAUGGUUUAUUUCAUGUUCAUAAAUUACCUUCAAUUAAUUCUCUCAUACCUCCUUCAAUAAAGUUAUCAAUAUUAGCAGGAAAUGGGACUGAAAAUAAUUUGGGAUUUAAGUUAAGAAGAAAAAAGUUUUCAAUUGAAACUUUUCAUUUGCCACCUGAAGGUGGAAUUAAUGAAAGACUCAAGUGA